GCAUUACACUUGUUCUAUCGCAUUCGAUCCCCUCCGACCGCGCGACGUCGAAGCGAUGAACGUCGACCUGUGCUCGACGAUGUAUAACGGCGUGGCGAAGGCGCUCCUUGGCUCUCCGUACUUCGACCAGUGCUCCUAUCACAAAAAGCUCAGUGCUGGCUACGUUGACCUGUAUCGCGUUCGAACAAUGGAUUGCCCCAACCCGAUAUGCCGAUCGUACUUCCCUACCUUUGAGACGUAUGCGAACACGGACAUUUACGCGGGGUGUACUCUCACGGACGAGUCGACAUCGCGGCAGAUUUCAUUCAAGGAGUUUGCUGUGGUGUGUCAAGGGAUCGCAUCGUCGUCGUCGUCUCCGUCACCAGCACCAACCGGAGGGUUGCUACCUCCUCCGCUUCCUCCAACACCACCCCUACCGUCCAUACAAGCGAGAGACAAUGAAAGCAACAACAGCAUCACGAUUAUCGUCGCUGUUACGGCCAUUGUCGUUGUCGGUAUCCUCGUCGGGGCGUUCGUGUACAUGCGCACCAAGCGAAAGGCCCAAGACCCGCCGCAUUCCACCGAUUUUGUGCACAUUGUGGAUCCGGCCGUGCAUCAAGAUCCUCCGACGUCCAAAGUUGUGCGAUCGACACAACCCAACACCAACCAUUCCACUGCACCCACGGCGACGACGACUGCAGGCACGACGGCGACUCGUCUCGACUCCUCCGUGACCCACUCCACCAACGCGUCUUCCUUUCAAUCCGUUGGAGGGCAGUUGGACAUGUGCGACCUUGACAUGUACCGACUGCCAACGGCCGACGUCCGACUGGUCAAGGCGCUGGCGCAAGGCGCGUUCGGUGAAGUGUGGGUGGGGGAAUACCACGGGGGUAAAAUCGCCGUCAAGCGCCUCUUGCCCAACAAGUCGGCCCUGCCCGACGUGCAAAAGUUUAUUUGGGAGAUCAAGUUGCUGUCCAAAAUCGACUGCCAGUUCGUCGUGCAGUUCAUCGGCGUCGCGUGGAAUGUUCCGGGGGACAUGAUGCUCCUCACCGAGUUCAUGGACGGCGGCGACUUGCGCAGCGUGCUGGACGCGAACAAGUCGAGUCGUUCGUUCACAUGGAUUCAAAAGCUCAAGGUCGCGCUCCAGGUUGCGGAAGGUCUGGUCUAUCUACACUUGAUGGACCCGAAAGUAAUUCACCGGGAUUUAAAGUCGCGCAACGUCUUGCUUGAUUCAACCAAAGGCGCCAAGAUCACGGACUUUGGGAUUGCGCGCGAGACUGACGACUCCACCAUGACCGCUGGCAUCGGCACGUUUCGAUGGAUCGCGCCCGAGGUGCUCCAGGAUGGCCACUACACCGAGGCGGCCGACAUGUUUAGCUUUGGCGUCAUCUUGGCCGAGCUCAGCACUGAAAUCAUCCCGUACUCGGACCUACGCAACGACAAGGGAAACGUGUACACCGACACGGCGAUCAUGGCCAAGGUGAUGGCGGGCGAGCUCCGGCCGAGCUUUGCGACGGAUGCUCCAAUGUGGUACUUGACGCUCGCGAACGAGUGCCUGGCUGUCGACCCCGACAUUCGACCCACGGCCAUGCAAGUCGCGUAUGGCAUUCGAAGUCAGUUGGAAGGAUUUGUAUGAAAAGAUCGUUUGUUCUGACCGAGGAGUUGGCCCUGUCGCCCAUGCACGAGCUGUGCAAGUGCGCUCUCUCAUUUUUGUG